AUGGAGCCCUUCCGGCCACCUCCGCUUCCUCCAGCGCCCGCAAAUCCCUUCUCUGCACCGCCGCCGCAUCAGCAGGCUGAGUCUGCCCCGCCGCCGCCGCCGCAUCAGCAGGCUGGGUCAGCUCCGCCACCGGCAACGCUCCUCGUGCGGCACCUCCCAGAGGCGAUCACGCAGGAGAUGCUCUCUCGGCUCUUCUCCCACUACGGCGCCACAGCUGUUCGUCCCUGCAGUGGAAAGUUGAGGAACUGUGCAUUUGUUGAUUUCAGGGAUGAGAUGGCGGCCAACCAGGCUCAGUCUCUCUUGAACAGGUUGAGGUUCCUUGGGAAAGUACUGGUAGUCGAGAGAGCAAACCAGCCAAAUUCUAAGAAUGCAAAUGAGAAGCACCAGGAGCAAUUAGCUCAGGGGAUGCCACAAGUGCCGAGUAUGAAUUCCCAGAACCAGAAGAACUCUACGUCAACUUCUGAACCUAUCGCUUCUAGGCUUGGUGUGGACUAUCCAUUUCCUCCUCAUCUUGAGUAUGCGUAUCCACCACCAGAUGGAAACAUAUUGACAAACAUUGUCAACUCUUUGAUUGCUGUUCCCCGAUUUUACACUCAGGUGUUGCAUUUGAUGAACAAGAUGAACCUUCCAGCCCCAUUUCGGAUGGCAUUGCCUACUCCACCUCUACCGUCAGAAGUGCCUGCUCCUCCUCCUCCACCACCACAGCCUUCUAUGGCAGAGAAACUUCAUUUGGCUGAUUUGUCUAGUGAUGAGUCUGAGAUGGAAUCUUCUGAUGAAGAUGUUGAUAGGAAAAUCAAACGCGCAAAGCAUGAAGCUAUUGUUGGUCCUGCAGUUGAUAAAAGUAUCGCUCAUGAAGCAGUCGGGGUGAAACCAGCUGCAUUAGUUUCUAAUGAGCUUCAAGUAAUAAAGAAGAAAAACCCAGUGAUGCAGAUAAAAAUCACCCCCAGGCCUGCUUCUAAGGAACUUGCUGAUCAACGUACUAUUGACAAGGAAUUGGCCUCAAGAGAUGAGCAACUUGAACAAAAACAUUUUGCCACGCCUCAGGAAAUAGAGAAGGAGAAAUUACCAACCGAAGAGAUUUUGUCCCUUCCCAUGUUCAAGAAUUACACUCCAGGGAAUCCUGCCAGUGUAUUGUAUAUCAAGAACUUGUCAAAGGAUGUUGUUCAUGAUGACUUCUACUAUGUCUUUGGAUCUGUGUUCGAAAGCAUGGAUGCUGCAAGAUCUGGUUUAAUUAUCAAGUUAAUGCAGGAAGGACGAAUGAGGGGCCAAGCUUUUGUGACGUUUCCAUCUGUUGAACUUGCUCAACGUGCACUGAGUUUGGCACAUGGUUAUGCAUUCAAAGGCAAGCCCAUGAUAAUUCAGUUUGGUAGAAACCCUGCUGCUAGCAAAGCUUCCUAGGAGUUCUGAUGCACUGUAGAGUUGUUAGGCUUGUCAACCAAAAUUUUGGGUAUUUUGUGCAGGUAUCGUGGAUAUUACAGUUGUUGUUGUCGAUUUUAAGUGCAAGGUAUUGCAACAGCAUCGGUUAGUUCUGUCGGCUGUGUUGUACCACGGACAUACAUGCUUGCAAUGGUUCUGAAAUAUGUUUGGCUCGAAGCCAAUGGGCAUCCAUACAGAGGAAACGGCAGUCAAUAGUUUAUCAAUUAUUCCCGGCUUUGCUGGAUGUUAUCCCGAGUUUUUAUCAGAAUCAUAUGACGUGUAAUGAUUAUCGUACCUGAUUAAUAGUACCUGCGCUGACCAGCUCACACAUGGCUUUGUUAA